GUAAUGUCAUUUGUUAAAAGGGCUGAUAUUUAAAUAUUACUAAUGUCUAGAAACGGAUAUUUAAAUAUUUAAAUAAUUAUUAAGGUCUAGAAUUUUAUUUUAUGUUGAAUAAUAAAAAGAGUCCGGAAGCAUCUAGAUGCCACGGCCUUCUUCUAUCCCCACCAUCGCUAUAAAUACCCGAGUAAAUCAUUUGCAGUUUCCAUAUCCAAUCGUAAAGCGUAGAUCAUAGAUCACUCUCAAAGGAUUAUCUUUACAGUUAGAAACUGCGAAAAUCAAUCAAAAUGAGCCGACAUCCAACCUUAAAGUGGGCGCAGAGGGCUGAUGUGCUCUUCAUCACCAUUGAUCUACCUGAUGCCAAAAACGUGAAGCUCAAAUUGGAGCCUGAGGGUAAAUUCUACUUCUCUGCUACUGCCGGUUCUGAGAAUUUAGCUUAUGAAAUAGACAUCAACCUUCAUGAUAAGGUGGACGUGAAUGAGAGCAAGGCAAGUGUUGGACCAAGAACUAUUGUUUACCUUAUAAAGAAGGAAGAAAGUAAAUGGUGGAACAGGCUUUUGAAAGAAGAGGGAAAGACUCCAAUGUUUGUGAAAUGCGAUUGGGAUAAAUGGGUAGACGAAGAUGAACAGGAGGAAAAUGGUGGAGGUGAUAUGGAGUUUGGUGACAUGGAUUUCUCAAAACUUAACAUGGGAGGUGGUGGAGAUUUUGAUGAGGAUUUUGAUGAUAGUGAUACAGAAGAAGAGAUACAGAUGAAGAAUGAAGAAGAAGAAGAAGCAACUGGUAAAAUGGAAACUGCAACUGCACUACCAGUUAGCAAUGGAGUUGAGGCAACAGCUUGAUUUCAACUAUUUUGGUUAGAAGUUUGAUCCAACUAUUGAACACAAUACUUGUAGUAGUUAUUGAUUCUAGCAAAAUCAUCUUGAAACAUACAUAAUGUGAAAAUCCAUUAAAAGAAGAUAUAUUGCAUCAUCUAUCAUUACUUGCAAUGAUGAGAUUUAGCUUCUAUAGCACAUGAUUUGGUCUGGGCCAACACCACAGCCCAUUUACAACAAAAAGUAGGAAAACGUAGUAAAAAUGAGAAAUUUAAGUACAUGAUUUGGUUUAGGACGUGUUUGGUAAAAGUAGCUGUUAGCGGGAUACUGUAGCUUUUAUUUGUUAUAUGAAUGUUUGGUAAAAGUAGUUGGAAG